AUGGGAGCCAACCGAGACGACCACAGUGGAGAGAAGCCACAUUUCCGGCAGACUGGGAAGGUGGCGAACGAACGCAGAUCGGAAGACCAUCGACGCUGGAGAUCCGUCUCCAAAGACCUCGAGAAGCACGCCGACGGGAUCUGGCCAAAUCCAUCCGCCACCACAGAACCCUCCUCGAACUGCCCAACAACUGGGCCCAACGGAGAGGCUUCAUCCGGAGGGACAACUGAUGAACCACGUCGAGACGCCACACGCCUCCACCACGUCAAACCUCCACGACAUCCGCCGGAAACCUCGUCACCACCAAGCCAAACGGAGGCUCCUAAACCGAAAACUUCACCGCCGAUAGCAACCAAACGGAGAGGCCAGAGCAAGACAAAGAAGCGACUUCUAGACAAACGGUUAAUAGCAAAAGCAGAGGAAGAACAGGGUUUAGACAAACCGAGGGAAACUCCAGAGAGCACCUCCAAAGGCGAGAAGAGCCACCAACCACCGCGAAAAUCCUAG